UCGCCUCGCCGGGGCGCGCACCUCUCGGGCUGGCCUUCCCCCUGCCCCACGCAGCGCCUUCCUCCCGCCCGGCUGACCCUUGCCCCCUCGUACCCUCGCCCUGCCCGGCCACUUAGCCUCCUCCGCCCCGGCGUGCACUCUCGGGUCCCCCGGGCUGCUCGCCCGGGCGAAACCUCUGCCGCAGCGAGGAACCAAGCGCGUCCCGGCGCGCUGCCUGGCGGCGGCGGAGUGAAGACCGUGCGGGAAGGCGGGGACGGAGCCGGGGCUGCCCGUCCUCCGGAGCCCGCAGGAUGCGGCAGGGCGGCGGGGCCACGGGGCGGUGCUGCGCCCCCUGAGCCCAGACCCGGGCUGGAGGCCGCGCCCGCGAGCGGCGCCCGAGCGCGUGCAGAAGCACGAGAAGCGGAAGCGCCCGGGAAGCCCGGAGAGCGGCGCCCGGUCCCUGCGCCAACCCGGAGGACGAGCGCAGGGGUCGGCGCGGGGCCUCGGAAAGCCCAGGCUGCAGCGGGCCAGGGCGCACUCGCGCCAUCGUCUUCCAUGCCUCUCUGAACAGCCCUUAGAAGAGUGAGAGCAGAGAGAGAGAGAGAGCGCGCUCCGGGAGAGGAGAAAAGAAGAUGAGGAUUAUAUGCAGACACAUUGUCUUGUUAUUUUCUGGAUUUUGGGGACUCGCCAUGGGAGCCUUUCCGAGCAGCGUGCAAAUAGGUGGUCUUUUCAUCCGAAACACAGAUCAGGAAUACACGGCUUUCCGACUAGCGAUUUUUCUUCAUAACACCAGCCCCAAUGCGUCGGAAGCUCCUUUUAAUCUGGUACCUCACGUGGACAACAUCGAGACAGCCAACAGUUUUGCUGUAACAAAUGCCUUCUGCUCCCAGUACUCUAGAGGAGUAUUCGCCAUCUUUGGACUCUAUGACAAGAGGUCGGUGCAUACCUUGACUUCGUUCUGUAGCGCCCUACACAUCUCCCUCAUCACGCCCAGCUUCCCUACGGAGGGGGAGAGCCAGUUCGUGCUGCAGCUCAGGCCUUCGUUGCGAGGAGCCCUCCUGAGCCUGCUGGACCACUAUGAAUGGAACUGUUUCGUCUUCCUGUACGACACCGACAGGGGCUACUCAAUACUUCAAGCAAUCAUGGAAAAGGCAGGACAGAAUGGUUGGCAUGUCAGUGCUAUAUGUGUGGAAAAUUUUAAUGACGUCAGCUACAGGCAACUUUUAGAAGAACUUGAUAGAAGACAAGAAAAGAAGUUUGUAAUAGAUUGUGAGAUAGAGAGGCUGCAAAACAUACUGGAGCAGAUUGUCAGUGUUGGGAAGCAUGUUAAAGGCUACCAUUACAUCAUUGCAAACUUGGGAUUCAAGGAUAUUUCUCUUGAGAGAUUCAUCCAUGGUGGAGCCAAUGUUACAGGAUUCCAGUUGGUAGAUUUUAAUACACCUAUGGUGACCAAGCUGAUGGAUCGCUGGAAGAAACUAGAUCAGAGGGAGUAUCCAGGCUCUGAGACUCCCCCGAAGUACACCUCUGCUCUAACCUACGAUGGUGUCCUGGUGAUGGCGGAAACUUUCCGAAGUCUUAGAAGGCAGAAAAUCGAUAUCUCGAGAAGAGGAAAUGCUGGGGACUGUCUGGCAAACCCUGCUGCUCCGUGGGGCCAAGGCAUUGACAUGGAGAGGACACUCAAGCAGGUUCGAAUUCAGGGGCUGACUGGAAAUGUUCAGUUUGACCACUAUGGACGUCGAGUCAAUUACACAAUGGAUGUCUUUGAGCUAAAGAGCACAGGACCUAGAAAGGUUGGUUACUGGAAUGAUAUGGAUAAAUUAGUCUUGAUCCAAGAUGUGCCCACUCUUGGCAAUGACACAGCUGCCAUUGAGAACAGAACAGUGGUUGUAACCACAAUUAUGGAAUCUCCGUACGUUAUGUACAAGAAAAAUCACGAAAUGUUUGAAGGGAAUGACAAGUACGAAGGAUAUUGUGUAGACCUGGCAUCUGAAAUUGCAAAACAUAUUGGUAUCAAGUAUAAAAUUGCCAUUGUCCCUGACGGAAAAUAUGGAGCAAGGGACGCAGAUACAAAAAUCUGGAAUGGGAUGGUAGGCGAGCUUGUUUAUGGGAAAGCAGAGAUUGCUAUCGCGCCUCUGACAAUCACCUUGGUCCGAGAAGAGGUCAUCGACUUCUCUAAGCCCUUCAUGAGUCUGGGCAUCUCCAUCAUGAUCAAAAAGCCUCAGAAAUCUAAACCGGGUGUGUUCUCCUUCCUGGAUCCGCUGGCUUACGAGAUCUGGAUGUGCAUAGUCUUCGCCUACAUCGGCGUCAGCGUGGUGUUGUUCCUCGUGAGCAGGUUCAGCCCGUACGAGUGGCACACGGAAGAGCCUGAGGAUGGAAAGGAAGGACCCAGCGACCAGCCUCCCAAUGAGUUUGGCAUCUUCAACAGCCUCUGGUUUUCCCUGGGUGCGUUUAUGCAACAAGGAUGUGACAUUUCCCCCAGAUCCCUCUCAGGUCGAAUCGUUGGAGGUGUCUGGUGGUUCUUCACCCUCAUCAUUAUAUCGUCUUACACUGCGAACUUGGCUGCUUUCCUCACGGUUGAGCGGAUGGUCUCCCCCAUAGAGAGCGCGGAAGACCUGGCCAAACAGACAGAAAUUGCCUACGGAACCCUGGAUUCAGGGUCAACGAAGGAAUUCUUUAGAAGAUCAAAAAUAGCAGUGUAUGAAAAGAUGUGGACCUACAUGCGAUCGGCAGAGCCAUCAGUGUUCACUAGGACGACCGCCGAGGGCGUAGCUCGCGUCCGCAAGUCCAAGGGCAAAUUUGCUUUUCUUCUGGAGUCCACUAUGAAUGAGUACAUUGAGCAGCGCAAGCCGUGCGACACGAUGAAAGUGGGAGGAAAUCUGGAUUCGAAAGGCUAUGGAGUAGCAACGCCCAAGGGUUCCUCAUUAAGAACUCCUGUAAACCUUGCCGUUUUGAAACUCAGUGAGGCAGGCGUCUUAGACAAGCUGAAAAACAAAUGGUGGUACGAUAAAGGUGAAUGUGGACCCAAGGACUCGGGAAGCAAGGACAAGACGAGUGCCUUGAGCCUGAGCAACGUAGCUGGCGUCUUCUACAUUCUAGUUGGCGGCUUGGGCUUGGCAAUGCUGGUGGCUUUGAUAGAGUUCUGUUACAAGUCCAGGGCAGAAGCGAAGAGAAUGAAGCUGACCUUUUCUGAAGCCAUAAGAAACAAAGCCAGACUGUCCAUCACGGGGAGCGUGGGGGAAAACGGCCGCGUGCUGACGCCCGACUGCCCCAAGGCCGUGCACGCUGGAACUGCGAUCAGACAAAGUUCAGGAUUGGCUGUCAUUGCGUCGGACCUACCAUAAAAACCAAAAAAAUAAUCGAGUGCCUUAAUUAAACUGUGUUGGUGACGGAGGGACGCGCAGCCCCCGGGCCUCGCCCAGCGCCAGCCCCGGCCCCCGAGCGGGCAGCGCGUCCUGGAGCGGGGCCGCCGGCCGCAGAACGAGUGCAUGAGCUCAGCUCGGAAACCCAAGCUCAGAUUUUAUAUCAGGAAAACUCACAAUUUCAGUUUUUGGGGGAGAGGGUGGGGCAGCUGGGAUGGGUGUAUUAACAGCAACAAAUCUCACUCGAGUGGACUUAAAAACUAAUCCGACUUGCCAGUUAGCGCAUUAAGCGGUGACGUUCUCCCUCAGAAAGGCCUUUGCCUUCACCAAAAGGAUAAGAUAGUUCUAGAAGUGAAGGGACGCGCUAACCUGUGUCUCCAGAACACCCAGAUAGCCAGUGGAAGAAUAUCCAGCUGAGAAAACAAAUCACUAAACUGUGAUGAGAAAAUAAUAAAUAAACAUGUAAAUCCUGUGAAGAAAAAAAAAAAAAAAAAAACUUAAAGGAAGUAUUUACACUUACUUUGGAGAAACAAAUACCGAAACAUGCUUGCUUUUUAACUGAUGUAAAUUCAGUAGAGGACAACACAAUUCUUUUUUCUAACCAUCUUAGGGAACACUACAUUGCAAUAAUUGAUAUAAACACCACCACUGUAAUAAACUUUAGAGACUUUUUUCUAUAAAAGUUGUUGGUCGUCUCCUCGUUUGCUGUAACCUUCACUCUGUCACAUGAGCUGGUUCACAGAUUGCAUUUGUCUCACUACCAGAAACAAAAACAAAACGAAGAAAGUGUUGACGUUAAAUAAUCAGUCUGCAAUGUGGAAUCAAGAGACUACGGGUCACUCAUAUGAUCAAUAUUAUUUAUAAUCUUGUGCUGUGUACAAAAUUGUGGUUUUUGUACCCACCAAAAAGAAUAAAACAUCAGAUGUUCUUACAACGUCUACAGAGCUUAAAAGGGUUUUUGUUUUUUUCGUACAAUUAAAGUUAUUUGAGAAAUUGUAAGAGUAUACAAGAGAUUAUAGAAGUGACGUGGUGGACCUUAUGGGGAAAAUGUUGCUAAUCCUUAUUAUUUUUGCAUACUAAGCUACCCCUAUUUUAUAGAUCUUUCACUUGUGAGAAGGUUAAAUUGUCGAAGAUGGAUGUUUGAGUCCUGGAAUGAAUUGCUGUCUGAGCAGUAACGUGCCCUGUCACUGUGUGUGGAAAUUUCACUUCACUGUAUUUCCCUGCAUAGAAUCAUGUGUGAGGUCAGCUUCUCCCCCCAUUUGUACUGUCCCAUUUAAAUCCUCCGAGGCCCUGAGAGUAGUCUGGAGUAGACCACGAAUGAAGACUUAGCCCUUAUAUGAAGAAAAUUUUAUUUUACAUCUUAUUUAUAUAAAAAUUUAUAUUGUUGUGUUGGAGUAAAUGAACAUGGUUCCAAAGAAGGCUUAGUUCAUUAGAAAUAAGUAAGUACUCUACUAUGAAUAUAAAUCACAUACUUAGGGAUCUUGGCAGAAAGCACAAGUUAAGAUGAUUCCAGAAGUCUGACCAUGAGGGAUGAGUUGAGUUUUCCUAGGACGAGGGGUAAGAGGCCAACAGCUGAGCAAUGAAUGCUUAGCGUGCUGGGUGCUCAUGGCUUGCAAAAGAAGGUACAGUUAGCUUGGCUGAUAAGAGCAAGGGGUAAGCACCAGGGAAGAUAAUCCGGAGACGGUCAAGGAUUAAUUUGCUCUCCCUGAGCCCUCAUUCCAUCUCUGUGCUGCAGUAAGAACAUUCUUAAACAUUUAUCAGAUGAUGUACACACCCUCACCGUUCGCUCAGGACAACUUCCAGGUUCUUGAGAAGAGCAAACGAUUCCCUGAUUCUCUUCAUGACGUUGCCCCUGUUUAUCCGCUCAAGGACUUCUCUACUCCUACCCAACUUCUCCUGCCAGCAGAGAAUCCCCCAAAGCAGCACAUGAGACACUGCAUAUUACUUUUCUGCAGUCCAUAACAAGUCCUUGUCUCCUCUGUAUCUGACUAACUUAGACUCAUCCUUCAGUACUCAAAUUUUACUAGCCCUGGGAGGAUUUCUGAGCAUACACUACCCCUUGCCUAAGAGACUGAGUUAGGUGCCAUUCUUAAUGUUCUUUCCCCAUCACGGCACUCACCAUACUGCAUUGUAAUUGCCUGUGUACUUGUCUGUAAAACUACUAGACUGUACGCUCCUUGAGGGCAGGGACUGUGUCUAUCUCGUUCACAGUUGUAUCCCCAGC